AUGAGUAAAGGAAGCAGUAGUAUUGUGUUAAAUUAUCAUGAUAGUCUCUUGAGGACCUCUGAUGUCCGACUGUUGAAUGAUGGUCGCUGGCUGAAUGAUAACCUCAUCGGUUUCAUGUUGGAGUACUAUGAAUACGACAAGUAUGAAAAGUACUCCAAAGAAUUAUUAUUCAUCAAUCCAUCUAUGGUUCAGUUGUUGAAAUUCUCUGAUGAAGAGUUUGUGACAUCCCUGAUUGAAUGUUGGGAUUGGGACAACAGGAAGUUGAUUUUUAUCCCACUUAAUAACAACAGCUCGAGUACUAAUUCUGGCGGUUCACAUUGGAGUUUGUUAGUUAUAAAUAUCGGCGAAUCAAAGUGCUACAGUUUUGAUUCCUCUCGUGACAUCAACAUAGAAUCAUCUCAAUCUCUCCUCCAAAUCAUUAACAAGGCUCUUAUAUCUAAAGGAUACAAAGAUCUGAAGUUUGUAGAAGGUCAAUGUCCCCAGCAAAUUAAUUUUUCAGACUGCGGAGUGUACGUGAUAUGCAUAGUCGAUGAUAUAUGUGGCAGAUACGCAAGGGACACUACGGAUCUGAAAUAUCUGAGGGACAUAAAGCCGGAUAUAAAGCCUCAACACGCUGCAGAGCAAAGGAAACACAUUAAACAAUUAAUCCAACAGCUCUCUGUUAAAAAAACAUGA